UGUGUUAUAAAUUCAUAUACAUAUAUUCAUAGCAAUCAUUUAAAAGCGCUUGAAGCUGAUAGCUUUUCAAUUACCAGAAAUAAUUAUAAAAUGCAUACAAUGAACGUGUGAUAAAGUGUAUACGAUAUUUAGCAAAAGUUUAUAUACAUAAAGGCUUAUAUACUUAGUAACCAGCUAGAUGAUUUGGUUGUUGAUAUUAUUUAUAUAUUUAAUAUUGUCACAUAAUGUGAUCGAUGCUAGAGUUUUCUGCGAGGACACUAACGCGAUGCCGUGGACGCCCACAGGAUUCUCGUGUCCCGUUUUAUGCGCAAGCAUCAGAAACGCCAUCGAGAGAUUGAUAAUGACAGAUUAUAAUAAAUCAGUCCAAGAACAGCUGGGAAAUAAGAAUAUAAAUAAAAAUAUAUUCAAAGAUGAUUAUUUUAACGAAUAUACAAUAUACAAAAAUAUGCAUGGUCUAAGACAAAAUUCUAUACAUGAUAAAGAACCUAAAGACGAGUAUAAAGAACCUUCUAAAAAUGACAUAUAUUCUAAUGAAAACAUUCACGCACACAUACAAAAUUAUACUAAUGAAAUAUUUAAAACCGUACAAAAUGAAAAAGACACAUUACGUCUAAAUAAGAAAGUCAAUAAAAGCUACAAUAAAUAUGGCAAGGGUUAUAUGAAAGUUAAUACGACGAAGAAAUGUUGGUAUUUGGAGAAAUUUAAACCGAGUUUGUUAAUUGGUAAAAUCGUUCGAAAGGAAUGUUCUAGAAGAUCGAAUUUCGAUAGUAAAUUCUUAUCCAUAAUGACGAAUGUUUUAAACGAUUACGCGAAUUCUAUUUUCAAAUUCACCGAUGAAAUGACCGAGAUUCUCCUAAACAACAUAUUCGGCCAGACCACAGAUCUCCGUAACAACAUAUUCGACGUGAACAAAAUCCUCAAGUAUUUGAGGAAGUCCGUCGACCUGCACAGGAGCCAUACGAAUGUAAUCACGUUGAAGUCCCGGCACUGCCUCACGGUAUCCAUCCCCGGGUGCUUUUGUAGGGCUGGAUACGUCGAAAGUUCCGGCCAAUGCGUUAAACCGUCCGAUUGUGUUGAAGACGCUUAUUAUAGUAAAUAUUUAAAGAGAAUUAUUGUUAUUUAAUAAAAUUGAUUGACU